AUGAAGGACUUGGGUGUUCUUAAAUAUGUUUUGGGCAUCGAAGUAACUCGCAGAUCAUUGGGGACAUUUAUUUGCCAAAGAAAAUAUGCACUUGAUAUUAUUACAGAAUCUGGUUUAUUGGGGUCCAAACCUGCUCCAUUUCCUAUUACUCAGAAUCAUAAACUUGCCCUUGCUGACGGAGCACUCCUAGAUGACCCUGAACGAUAUCAACGUCUUGUGGGCUGUUUGAUUUAUUUAACCAUUACACGAUCGGAGCUCAGUUAUUGCAUCCAUGUCCUGGCUCAAUUUAUGCAGUGUCCUCGUGUUGAUCAUUGGGAUGCGGCAUUACGUGUGGUUCGUUAUCUAAAAGGACGUCCUGAUCAAAGAAUAUUUUUGCAUUUUGAUAGUGAUCUGCAAUUAUAUGCCUAUUGUGAUUCCGACUGGGUGAAUUGCCCUUUAACUCGUCGCUCUCUUACUGGGUACUUUGUCAUAUUAGGACAUUCUCCCAUCUCCUGGAAGACUAAGAAACAACAUACUGUCUCCCGGUCCUCUGCCGAGGCUGAAUACCAGUCAAUGGCUACUACCAGUUGUGAGUUGAAGUGGCUGAAAGAUGACAAGUUUGGAGCGGCAACUACUGGCUUACCAGUCGUUGUAUAUGACCAUGAAAUGAAAGAGCUGCAACAACUCAUAGCAGAAUAG